ACUUGGGGUGGGUGAAGAGAAUUUAUGAAGCUCAACCUCACUGCAACUGUUAUUCAUUACACGUGAACAUUAUAUCUAUAUAUACACAGAGAGACACACCCACACAUGCACCAAGAGGGGAGUGGAGUUGAAGGGAGCAAGCACAGGUAGCUGGCUGCAGCCAUGGAAGGAGGAGGCAAGGAGCUCCAUAGCUUAUUGGAGAGGGAAAUAGAAGAGUUGAGGAAGACUUAUAGGUCUGGGAAGACGAGAGACUUGUGUUGGAGAAAGGCACAGCUAAGAGGCUUGCUCGCUCUCCUUCAUGAAAGAGAAGAAGAUAUCUUCAAGGCUCUUAAACAAGAUUUAGGAAAACAUCAUGUUGAAGCUUUUAGGGAUGAGAUUGGGGCAUUAAUAAAAUCCAUACAUUUUGCUUUGGAUGGUUUGAAAGGAUGGAUGUCAAGCAGGAAGGUGAAAUUGCCCAUAGCUGCAUUCCCCUCAACAGCAGAAUUAGUACCGGAGCCCCUUGGUCUCGUCCUCAUCAUCUCAACCUGGAAUUUGCCCAUUGGACUGUCAUUAGAACCAUUGAUAGGAGCAAUAGCUGCAGGGAACACAGCAGUUCUAAAACCCUCAGAGCUGGCUCCUACUUGUUCUUCUCUUCUAGCAAAUGCCAUUCCUUGUUACCUUGAUGACAAAGCUGUCAAAGUUAUUCAAGGUGAUGCCAAGAUUGGUGAACAGAUCCUUCAGCAAAAGUGGGACAAGAUCUUCUUCACUGGAAGUGUGCAAGUUGGACGUAUUGUUAUGGCUGCGGCUGCUUAUCAUCUAACACCAGUUACUUUAGAGUUGGGUGGGAAAUGCCCGGCAGUAGUUGACUCCUUCUCCAGUUCUUGGGAUAAGGAGAUGGCCAUAAAACGAAUUCUUAAGGGGAAAUUUGGUGUUUGUGCUGGUCAAGUAUGUAUUGGAAUUGAUUAUAUUCUUGUGCAGAAAGAAUUUGCCUCGACUUUGGUGGAAUUAUUGAAGGUCAUGAUCAAGAAGAUGUACGGCGAAAACCCGAAAGAAUUGAACAGUGUCGCAAGGAUAAUCAACAAGCAACAUUUUUUUAGAUUGAGGAAUCUGCUAGAUGAUCCUACGGUUAAACAUUCUAUUGUCCAUGGGGGUUCAUUAGAUGAAGAUGAUCUAUUCAUUGAGCCUACAAUCUUGGUGGAUCCCCCACUCACGGCUGCGAUCAUGACCGAAGAAAUAUUUGGUCCACUGCUUCCAAUAAUUACGUUGAAGAAAAUUGAAGACAGUAUUGAGUUCAUAAACUCAAGGCCUAAGGCACUUACUCUUUAUGUCUUCACCAAGAAUGAAAGAUUCAAGCAAAGAAUUAUAUCCGAGACAUCUUCAGGAGGUGUGACAUUUAAUGACACGCUAGUUCAAUAUAUUGCUGAUGCUCUCCCAUUUGGAGGCAUUGGGGAAAGUGGUUUUGGCAAGUAUCAUGGAAAAUUCUCAUUUGAUGCCUUCACCCAUGAGAAGCCAGUCAUAAGGAGAAGCUUCCUCACCGAGUUCUGGUUUUCGAAUCCUCCAUGGAAUGACUAUAAGCUGCAACUCCUUAGGUUAGCAUAUAGGUAUGACUAUCUUGGGAUACUUCUCACCAUGCUGGGCUUGAAGAGGGUUCGAUUAGAGUGACCAGUCAUCUUCAAUAUUUCUCCACAUCUGACAAAUACACAUCGCCUACAUGAAGUUAUCGACAAACUCACUGCAAAAAUACACUGGGAGAUUACUUUUUCAGUAUAUUUGCAGGGAAUGUUCUUCUGUCCCCUUGUGUGUGUGUGUGUUUAUUAUUAGUUGAGCCAAUUGCCAAAUUAAUUGUAGGAGAAAAAUGUGAUGGGGAAUGUUUCCAUAAUCCUUGACCCCAAAAGUGAUCUAUCUAUCUAUCCAUAUAUGAAGAAAAUUAUGCUGGUUUCUAUGUUUA